AUGAGCAACCUGCCCACGACUGGUGGCGCCACGUCUAGCAUGUUCAGCCCUCGCACUACGAGUGGCGACAGGAAUCGCUAUCACCUCCCCAGUAGUGGAGCUCGUACGCCACGUGUGUUUCCUCCGGAUGUGCAUAGUAUUCCUCUGAGUCCAUCGAGACUCGAGAGUCCAAUGUUUCGAGAGCGCGUGUCAGCUCUGAUGCAGCAAGGAGACACGUACGCCAAGCGCCUUGACAGCGAACGCCGUCGAUCUGUCGACCUCGAUGCUGCUUUGCGAACGUUGCGCGACGAGCAUUUCCAAGCUCGCAGGGCACUCAGUGAAGCCACAAACACUCAUCUUUGUGCAGCUACGACGGAGCUCAAGUCGAUUCGAACGCUUGAGAGUCGUCUAGACAAGGUGCUUACUCGCUACAACGAAGUGUGCAACGCCAACAAGGCACUGCGGGAACAGAUUCAAGCUUUACGUCGUGAAAAGGCCCAAGGGGAAGCUGCGCAAGUGGCACAAGCAUCCCAAGCAGCAAGUGAUGCGAGAGACCGAGCCAACCGACAGAGUGAAGUGCUGCGAAAGCAGCUCACUGAAGAUGACAACAACUUUGAGUCCGGAUGGAUCGAGAAGACCGGGCAAUUGGCGGAAGAUCGAGCCAUGAUCCGUGAUAUUCCACGUCUUCGCACGCCUAAAAGUCCGUCGCGACCACAUUUUGUCAACAGCGCCACCCCAGGAGUUGCAAGCUCACCUUUGCCUACUAACACGUCUGGUCGAUCCCUUCCUGGGGGGUUUAAGCUGCUGUCAACACCCGAUAUUAAACUGCGUGCUGAGACCCAAAAGAACGAGCGAUUGCUGCACGAAAAGGCUAAUGACUUGCAGAAGCAAAGUGAACGGUUGCGACUAGCCCAGGAUGGUCUAGCCAAGAUCAAGCGAAAGACUGGCGAAAAGAGUUCUCAGGCCUUAGCGGCCGCUCUGAUUGCAGCCGAGGAGAAGAACUUUUCGCUUUUCAACAUGAUCAACGAACUGAGUACGGAGAUGGAGGCUUUAGAGGUGGAGAACAACGCACUUGAAGCUCAGGUGAACGAACAAACCCGUGAUGGCUCCAUGGGGUCGGUUGAGGACGCAAGACGACGCGCACUAAAGCAACAGCUAGAGGACCAGAUCGAGAAAUCUCGACAGAAAGUAGCUCGGCUAGAGGCUCGUCAUAGUGAAGCUGCUGAAGCUUCGGAGGUGAUGAAAACGGGAGCCAUGGGACUUUUCCACAAAUUGCAAGGGCCGAAUGAUGAAGCAUUCGCGACUCAACUGUCUACACAUGGCGUCACUGACAUCACUAUGGCCCAGUUACUUGGCCUCCUCGAGCAGCGCGUUGGUGAGUUAGUGGACAUUCACAAUAUUGCAACGAAUGCACCUGCUGCAGCUGCGUUAGGUGCGCAUCAUCCGGCCAUGAAGGUCGAUGGAGGAGGCCACGAAAGUGGCAACACGCGUCAAUCGCGCAACGGCGAGCGCUCUCGUGGAGGUGGGGGCGUUUCUUUCACGAGCGGUGCAUUGCUUCGACCGACACCGCCUACUGCGGACGACUUUGGCGAUUCGGAUAAUGAUGACGCACAGCAGGAAGACGUACUGCGACCAUGCAAGAUCUCGGAUAUCCAAGAGAAGACUGCAGCUGCGGUGGGUCGACGGAAAGAGAAGCAGAUCCGCGCCAAGAGGUAG